AAGAGGAAAACAGGGUGGAAUUUGGAAACUGGAAAGUGCAAACUACAACUGCAUCUGCAUCAGCAUCAGGGGAUUUGAUUUGGGUCUAAAACCACGGAAUCAGCUCAUACCUCAUAGUUCAUAGCUCAUACACCAUGGCUUCUUCCGAUCCCAACAAGUUGAUGGCCAAAGCCGACAAACUAACAAAACUGAGUCUCACAAGGUGGAGUGCCGAUUGGAAAUCUGCUACCCAGUUAUACGAGCAAGCCGCUAUUGGGUAUAGGGUCGCCAAGAACCAUGAAAAAGCAAAAAUUGCAUUUGAAAAGGCUUCCAAAGGACAAGAAAUGCUUUCCUCACCCUGGGAUGCUGCUAAGCAUAUGGAGUCGGCUGCGGCUUUAGCUAAAGAAGUAGGCAAUUGGACUGAAGUUGCUGAUUUCUAUAAAAGGGCUUCUGAGCUUUACAUGGUCUGUGGAAGACCACAACCCGCGUCCGAUGCUCUUGCAAAGGGUGCCCGUGCUCUUGAAGAUGCUGUGCCUGAUGAAGCAAUUCAACUUUACACCGAUGCUUGUUCUAUUCUUGAAGAGGAUGAUAAGGAACAAAUGGCCUUUGAUCUAUAUCGUGCUGCCACAUGUGUUUAUAUAAAGCUUGAGAAGUAUACAGAUGCUGCAACUUUCUUAUUGAGAUGGGGCUUAGCAGCUGAUAAAUGCAGUGCUACCAAUAGUCAAUGCAAGGCAUAUCUUAGCGCAAUUAUUGUUUACCUCUAUGCACAUGACUUCAAGCAAGCAGAGAAGUGCUAUAAUGACUGUUCUCAGAUUGAUGUUUUCUUGAGAAAUGACCAUGGUCGUUGUGCUAGUAAGCUUCUCUCUGCCUAUUCAGAAGGUGACAUUGAAGAAAUCAAACGGCUGGGUCAGUCAAGCACAAUUUCUAAUCUUGACCAUGUGAUCAUCAGGCUUGCAAGGAAACUUCCUACAGGAGAAGUGAGUGCACUAAAGACUGAAGCUGCGGAAGAGCAAGAAGAGCCAUUGGAUGAAAAUGACCUCACUUAACUUCUCAAAGAUCGUGUGUGGAUACAGUAUGUUUGUGUAAAGGAUAUUAUUUCAAUAUGAAAAUUGAUUGAGGUUUGUAAUGUAAACAGUAUGAGUUCUUUAAAAGAAGUAAACUCUUCUCUCUGAUGAAGUUUUAGUGACCAGAGUGUAGUCAAAUAAAAUUGUGUUUAUGAUGGCUUCACACUACA